AUGUCAGCGCUGUGCGCACGCAUCCCGCGCCGUGCGUGGCGCACGCUGCUCAGCUUCACGGACCUGCGUGGGGCCCUCGAGAGGCUCAGGGAUGGCCUCGACCACCCCAGGCUGAGCCUCACCAAGCCAUCUUGNCACUUGCUGGGGGUCCACAGCCACCGCCGGGCCACGCUCCAGGGGGGCGCUGCAGGGGGCGACGGGGGGUCCCUGGACGACAGGGGCGAGAUUCAGGUGGCGAGUGCAGAGGUGUGCCGGCGCGGCGCCCCGCCUGAGAUCCUGCGGUACUCGCUCUCCUGUGAUGAUGUUCCUGCCUUACCUGGCACCCACCGCCGCUCAGGGAGCAUGGGGGCGGGGGAGGGCGGCAGCGCCCCCUCGCCCUCGGGGGGCACCGGCCCCUCGUCUGGCCCCUCUGCCCUCACCGAAGUGGACUCGUUCCCUGCGGCCCAGAGAGCCGCGGCCGCCGCUCCUGACAACGUCGCUGUACCAUCUGGCAGCGAGAUGGCACUACGGCAGGUGGUGAAGACUCGCCGUCGCCUGCACCAGCUGCGUGCCCGUAGACCUACACCAGCUGGUAGAUCUUCUACCUCUACACCAGCUGGUAGAUCUUCUACCUCUACACCAGCUGGUAGACCUCCUGCCUCUACACCAGCUGGGCAGGUCUGGGCACCAGCUGGUGUCUUGAUAUCGCACCUACACGAACACACCGCUAGGGUGCACAGGUCGCGCGGUGUGUACGGGAGGCUGGGGGCGUCGGUGCGCUGUCUCGCCGCCAGCGCCGCGCAGCAAUGCGUCGCCGCCGCCGCAGACAACGGCAACAUACAUGUCUUCAGGCUGGACAAGCUGAGCAUGCUGUGUGACCGCGUGCUGGACCGGGAGGAGGACGUCUAUGCUGUCGACAUGGCCUUCUAUGACACGGGGUGUGGCGACAACGUCGUCGUGUACGGGUCUGUGACGGGCGGGGUGGUGGGUUGGGACCUGCGACAACCUGGCACCGCCUGGCGCUUCAACAAUGGGCCCAAGAACGGCCUGAUCACGAGCCUCAUG